GAAGAAAGUGUGUAAAGGAGAACCAAGACAAAACACAAACUCAAAGCAUUCACAAGUUCUCUUAUAUUUGAUACUAUCAACCACAAAAUUACUUCAAAACAAGGCUCUAUAAUAUAGUUUCAUCUUCCAUAGGUAACAUGUAUCAUCAUCACCAACAUCAAGGAAAAAAUAUCCAUUCUUCUUCUAGAAUGUCAAUACCAUCUGAGAGACACAUGUUCCUUCAAACAGGAAAUGGUUCUAGUGAUUCAGGACUCGUACUCUCAACCGAUGCUAAACCUCGAUUAAAAUGGACACCGGAUCUUCAUGCAAGGUUUAUCGAAGCAGUUAAUCAGUUAGGUGGAGCUGACAAGGCUACUCCAAAAACAGUAAUGAAACUCAUGGGAAUUCCAGGGCUUACCUUAUAUCAUCUAAAGAGUCAUCUUCAGAAGUACAGAUUGAGCAAGAAUCUGCAUGGACAAAGCAAUAGUAAUGUGACACACAAAUUAACCACACAUUCAGCUUCAGUAACUGAUGAGAGACUUUCUGAUCAAACCAAUGGAACUCACAUCAAUAAAUUAACCCUUGGACCACAACCUAAUAAUAACAAAGAUAUACACAUAAACGAGGCGCUGCAGAUGCAGAUUGAGGUUCAGAGAAGACUCAAUGAACAACUUGAGGUACAAAGACACUUGCAACUAAGGAUAGAGGCUCAAGGAAAAUACCUUCAAUCGGUACUCGAAAAAGCUCAAGAAACACUUGGUAGACAAAACUUAGGAAUAGUAGGACUUGAAGCUGCUAAAGUUCAACUCUCCGAGCUUGUGUCAAAAGUAUCCUCACAGUGUCUGAAUUCAACAUUUUCAGAGAUGAAAGAGUUACAAGGCUUUUGUCCUCAACCAAACGACGGCUCGAUGGAUAGUAGUUGCUUAACAUCGUGCGACCGAUCACAAAAAGAACAAGAGAUUAUUCAAAAUGGAGGGUUUGGAUUAAGACACUUCAACAACAAUAACCAUGAAUUGGCAGGUUCUGUUCAAAACCUUAGAAACAAUGAAGUACUAAAAUGGUGUGUUGAUGAAGUAAAAAAGAACAGUACUAAUUUUCUCACCCCUUUAGGAAAGAAUAAUGAUUUAGAAAGAAAUCAUGGAAAUUUGUCUAUGAACAUUGGAGUUGAAACAAGAACAGAAACAAUGAAAUCAGUGGAGGAUAAUAAUAAGAUGCAACAAUCUUCUAAUUACUUUUCAGCUUCAAGAUUGGAUUUAAACAGUGGUGGAGAUCAUAAUGAAGGUGCUACAAAUUGCAAACAACUUGAUUUGAAUAGGUUCAGUUGGAACUGAGAUGAGAGAGAUUAAUCUAUUUUAGCCAAAUGAAAUAAGUUGAUGUAACAUUAAGAUCAAUGAUGAAUUUUUAAAUCAACCAUUAUUAUGAAGGAGAUAGCUCCAAUGCAAUAUGGAUACAAAUUUAUUGUAGCUAAUUCAAAUUAAGUUCAUGAUAUCAUGCAAGAUAUAAUAUAGUACGUAACAUACAGCACUACACUGUUUGUUCAUGAGCCUAGCUAGCUUGAAAGCAGAUUUCCAGCUGUAACUGCGUCAACACACUUAAAGCAUCUAAACCGUUUGAUAAGUGUAAGUGUAAUCUAAACCGUUUGAUGUAAAAUAUUAAAAAUAAAAGUGACAUUAACAUUACUAGUUUUAUUAUGUGUGGAUAGUAAUUGAAUUAGUUUAUUUAAAAUUUUGAUUUUUCUUUUUCUAACUUAGGGUCGUUGGUUUUCUGGUGGGUGUUUCAAAUAUGUCUCGUAAGUUUAAGACAUAUAGAGACACAAUACGAUUAAUUCUUGAGUCGUAAUAGAAUGUCUAGUAUCUCACGCAUAAAGUUAUAUUGUUUAUUUCAUCCGGAAAUCAAACUUAAAUUCUUUGUCA